GUUGUUUGACUCCAAGGACGGAAUGAAAAGUGGUACAUUCCUCCAGCGCACACUCCGCCAGCAGGAGAGGGAGGGUCAACAUGGCGUCCGAGCAGGAGAGCUCCAACGGGCCGGGGAAGAAGUCCAUGCGGGAAAAGGCCAUCGAGAGACGAAACGUCAACAAGGAGCACAACAGUAACUUCAGAGCGGGCUACGUGCCCAUCGAGGAGGAACGUCUCCACAAAACGGGCCUCCGAGGACGGAAAGGCAACAUGGCCGUGUGCAUCAUCGUCCUCCUCUUCCUCCUGGCCUUGAUCAACCUCAUUAUCACGCUGGUGAUCUGGACGGUGAUCCGCAUCGGUCCCAAUGGCUGCGACAGUAUGGAGUUCCAUGAAUCGGGUCUUCUACGCUUCAAGCAGAAAGCGGACAUGGGCGUGGUCCACCCGCUGCACAGGAGCACCGUGGGAGGUCGUAAGGACCAGGACCUGCUCCUGGUCGGCAACAACAACCCGGUGGUCUUCCAGCAGGGCACCUCCAAGCUGAGCGUGGACAAAGACAAGACGUCGGUGGUCAGCGACGUGGGAAUCUCCUUCACCGACCCUCGCACUCAGGCCACCUUCUUCAGCACCGACUUCGACAACCACGAGUUCCACCUGCCCAAAGGCGUCAAAGUGCUGAGCGUCAAGAAGGCGUCCACGGAACGGAUAACCAGCAACGCCGCGUCUGACCUCCACAUCAGGGGGGACAGCAAGGCUAUCAUUCGCGGCAACGAGGGCGUCAACAUCAUGGGACGCACCGUCGAGUUCAAGAUGGGCGGAGACAUCGAGCUCAGAGCUGAGAACAGCAUCAUCCUCAACGGGUCGGUCAUGUUCAACGCCACGCGCAUUCCCAACUCGGAGGGCGACGUGUACUUUGACGGCGCCACCGAGAGGUACAAGCUGUGCAUGUGCGCCGACGGGACGCUGUUCCGCGUGCGGGUGAAGUAUCCCAACAUGGGUUGCCAGACGUCCGACAACCCGUGUCAGAACGCUCACUGAGGACACCGGACUGGGGGGGGGGGAAAAACGCUUAUUUUGAUACAGUUUGUUUUUCAUGGCUUCUAUAGAAAAUGGUUGUGUUCUGGAAUAGCAAAUCCAACAUAAGUACAGUUUCACUAGUAUUGUUAUUGAGAAACACUGACAUUAUUCAUACACUGUUACACUUUAUUUGGCAGCUGUGUGUGAUGCGUUUACUGACCAGUGUGUAGUGAUUAGCAAGUAAUGCACUGCAGUCGUCCCUCGUUUAUCGCUGUUAAUUGGUUCCGGACAUAAACAGAUUUCCGCCAAGUAGAAAAAAACUGUUUAUGACCUUCUAAAUACAUUGUUCAACAGUAUGAAAACCGUCUAGGCAUGAACUAAAUCCCUUCUUUUAAUCCAAUAUAAUAAUGCUGGCUGAGCCAAUCAGUGGCCACGAUACUGAACAGUUUGGUCUCAUCUAAUGGCCAUUACUAGUGUGGUAUGGAUAUUUUUGGUUUAGUUAGCCAUUUGUAUGCUUGAAAAUACUUAAUUUAGGGCAAACAAAAUAUUCCUAAAAAAACAGGUGAAGCCGUAAUACUUGAAGCGAGAUAUGGCGAGGGACAACUGUACGUGUUUACAUUUUUCUUCUGCACUUUUCGGACUGCCAAUGGACUCACAGGGGAAGAUUUAUGGAUUUAUUGAUUCUUAAACUUUGGUACGAGUAUCACUGGUAUUCAAUAAAACCAGAUAUUUUUCAAAAAUACAAUUAUAAUAUUGACUGUAUAUAUGAAAUAAUGGUGUACAUUUGUAUUUGUACUAGAUCAUUUGAAUUCUAUUUUAGAGACAUGCACAUAGGAAUUGCAUUUACUUUUGAAUAUAAUAAAACAAUUUAGAGACAAAAACUACAUUUGAACUAUCCACACAGUAAAAAUGUUCAUUGUAAAUUCACAGCAAGUUACUGGCUAAUGAAUUGCAUUACCGUACUUUUACAAUAAUAUUUAUUGUAAUUUACUGUGAAAUGAUUUUACAGCAAUUUACUGUAACUGCAGAGCUGGGAUUUUACAGUUAACUACAAUACAUUUACAACUAUAUCCUGAAACUUCACAGUUGCACUUGUAUUGUUAAUUACUCUGUCGUCAUACAAGAGAAUUUAUUACAGAUGACUAUGAGUACAGUAUUUUACUGUGAAAUAGUCAAUUGCUGCAAAAUAUAAGGAUAUCAUCAUUUUUACAAUCAGUUGUUGUAAUGUCACAGCAAGUUUUGAAGACAUUAUUUUACUGUGAAAUAUGAUUUUUUUUUUUACAGUAAUUUGCUAUGUUACAGUAAAUUUUGAUGACAAUAUUUUACUGUGAAAAAAAGGAUAUCAUAUUUUCACAGUAGUUUGUUGUAAUAUUACAGUACAUUUUUAUUCCAGUAGUUUACUGUGAAAUAACAGCCAAUUGCUGUGAAAUAUAAGGAUAUAUUUUUACAGGGAUUUACUGUAACAGUAAAUGUAAAAUACAGUAAUUCACUGUAACAUAUAAGGAUAUCAUAGUUUUUACAGUACUUUGUUGUAAUAUUACAGUCAAUUUUGAUUUUAGUAUUUUACUGUGAAAUAACAGUCAAUUGCUGUGAAAUAUAAGGAUAUAUUUUUUACAGUAAUAUGCUGUAAUGUUACAAUAAAUGUUGAAUACAAUAUUUUACUGUGAAAUAUAAGGAUAUCAUAAUUUUUACAGUAGUGUGUUGUAUUGUUACAGUAAAUUACAAUUUCAGCAUUUUACUGUGAAAUAUAAGGAUAUCAUAAUUUUUACAGUAGUGUGUUGUAUUGUUACAGUAAAUUACAAUUUCAGCAUUUUACUGUGAAAUAAGGAUAUCAUUUUUACAGUAGUGUGUUGUAAUGUUACAGUAAAAUUUGAUUUCAAUAUUUUACUGUGAAAUAAAAGGAUAUAUUUUUUAUAAUAAUUUGUUGUAAUAUUACAGUAAAUUUUGAUUAUAGUACUUUACUGUGUUACAGUAAAUGUUGAAUACAGUGUUUUACUGUGAAAUAACAGUCAAUUGCUGUGAAAUAUAAGGAUAUAUUUUUACAGUAAUAUGCUGUAGUGUUACAGUAAAUGUUGAAUACAGUAUUUUACUGUGAAAUAUAAGGAUAUCAUAAUUUUACAGUAGUGUGUUGUUAUGUUACCAUAAAUUACAAUUACAGCAUUUUACUGUGAAAUAAGGAUAUCAUUUUUACAGUAGUGUGUUGUAAUGUUACAGUAAAAUUUGAUUUCAAUAUUUUACUGUGAAAUAAAAGGCUAUAUUUUUUAUAAUAAUUUGUUGUAAUAUUACAGUAAAUUUUGAUUAUAGUACUUUACUGUGAAAUAUAAGGAUAUCAUAAUUUUUACAGUACUUUGUUGUAACAUUACAGUAAAUUUAGAUUUCAGUAUUUUACUGUGAAAUAACAGUCAAUUGCUGUGAAAUAAGGAUAUAUUUUUACGGUAUUUUGCUGUAAUUUUACAGUAAAUGUUGAAUACAGUAUUUUACUGCGAAAUAUAAGGAUAUCAUUUUUACAGUAGCGUGUUGUAAUGUUAGAGUAAUUUACAAUUACAGUAUUUUACUGUGAAAUAUAAGGAUACCAUAAUUUUUACAGUAGUGUGUUGUAAUGUUAAGAGUAAAUUACAAUUACAGUAUUUUACUGUGAAACAUAAGGAUAUCAUAAGUUUUACAGUAAUGUGUUGUAAUGUUACAGUAGAAUUUGAUUUCAGUAUUUUGCUGUGAAAUAAUCAUACAUCUUACAUUUCACAGUAAAUCACUGAAUCAAAUUUCACUAAUAUUACAACAAAUUACUGUGAAAAGUAUAUCCUUGUAUUUCGCAGCGAUUAUUUUUAUUUGGCGGUGAAAUAUAAGGAUUUACUUUUUACAGUAAUUUGUUGUAAUAUUACAGCAACAUUUGAUUUCAGUAUUUUACUGUGAAAACAGUGAAUUGCUGUGAAAUAUAAGGAUAUAUUUUACAGUAAUCUGUUGCAAUGUUCAAGUAUAUUUUGAUUACAGUAUUUGACUGUGAAAAAAAUACUGGUACAUUUUUACUGUGCAGAUAACCUGAAAGUCAAUUCCAAUCAAAUGUUCCUCAGCUCGUACGCCACAAGCCACGUAUUGACGAUGAAACCAAAACAUUUUCUUAAAGGUACAAUUGGCACAAUGUCAUCUUUUUAAGAUCAUAUUUCCGCAAGCGAGAGGAAAAAUGUUGCCCAGCUUUAAUGUCAGUUGUCAAAGUUAUUAGCGUUAAUAAAGUGUUUUGGAUUUUGUGCAAUAUAAAUGAUUGAUGUGUAAGAAAAUAUGCUUUUGUUUGAAUAAAGAAAAAAUGUUGGAGUUC